AUGAGUAACUCAAGAAAAGAAUUUCUGGUUGCUUUAUAUACAAGUCAGUCCAAUGUUCCUGUUAAUGAGUUCAUUAUUGAUAAACUUAAAUCUAUUAAUAAUUAUCAGCCUGAAUACAACUUGCAGGCUGGAGAUUUGAAAUUUGUUCGAGCACGAAAUCCAGAUUCACUGAACAAACUCAUUACAAUAUCUUCAGUAUCUGGUACACCGCCAUUUAUUGCUGCCUCUUGUCAAAGAAGUUACGCAGAAAAUUUAUAUAAUUCAUUUUCAGAUUUUUCUCAAUAUGUUCAAGGUGAUCUUGUAGAUUUUUCCAAAGUUAAUACGAAAGAACCAUUCUUUAUUGUUGGUCAGUACUUGUUAUUUUUAGCAGCCCGAUUUUGCUGGAAAUCAGGUGUCAUUGAAAACAUCCGCAGAAUCAGUUUCGCAAAUAAGAAACUCCAAAAUACAAUUUUAGCAAAAGGAAUCAAAAAUUACUUUCCAAACGUCGAAUUUGUUCAAUUUGCAAGAAACAACAUCAAAAGUCCGAAACAAAUAGGAACUGAUGUUACCUACAUAUUUGAUGAAGAUGAUGAACGAUUUACAGGAGUUCCUCAAUUUAAUGAGUAUAUUCCUUAUCCAAAGCCUCCACCAGCCUACGAAUACAUUAACGAUAUACCAGUGAACUCAUUCCAGCCUCUUGAAGUUGUUGGAGGCGAUUAUACUUACCAUGAUCCGGAAUCUCAAAUUACUUACGAAGAUUAUAAAGCAAAAGUAGUUUAUCCAGAUGAUGAUCCACUAUAUGACUUUUUGUGCAGAUAUGUACAGUCUCUUCAAGAUAAUAUCGAAAGAAUUUCGAGAUAUUACUCUGAAACAGCUGUUUUCUCAAUGCAUAUUGAUGAUUCACCUCCGGAAUCACCUUUGCAGAGAUAUGCUCGCUUUUCAAGGAACAUGGUUCAAUCUUUAGACACAGAUUACCUUUGCCAAGGCCUAGACCAAAUCAAUGAUGCAUAUAAUAUAUUAUUCCCUGCAGGAAUAAGGAAUAAAGUAACAGAUCUGAGAAUUGUCCCAUUAUACAAAGGAUUAUUCGCAAUCGCGAUGUCAGGAGUAUUAACUAAUGAAUAUGAUGAACUAUUAUUGUUUGAAAAGUCAAUGAGCAUUGGUAUAGAAGGAAAUACUGUUUUAAUUACAAAUGAUCAUUUAUUCCUUCAUGAAGAAAAAUAA